AUGUUCCUUCUGGAACUCCCCUCCGAAAUACUCGACCUGAUCUCUAACCCUUUAGGCCCAAGCGACCUCUGGAAUCUGUACGACAGUUGUAAAACAUUGCGCGUUGUCUCGGCACGGCACCUCUUCCGCACUGUGGAGAUUCGCUUCGACGGUUCUUACGCAGAGGUUCUGAAUUCCCGUCCCUUCUCAAUAUCGUGUCCUCGGUCAUCCGGCCGGCUUCUGACAACAGUGGCUCAAUGGUCUCCGCACGUCCGCAAUAUGGAUGUCUGGGGGGAUGAGGAGUUUUUGCAGCCCGACUUCUUCGACCUCUUGCCCAGACUUGGUAAUCUUUGCUCCUUCAGUAUCAGCUACCCACCGAGUCUGGGCAGCUUCCAACUCCUGCUGGAACGGCUGGCGGCUCUUCCAUCAUUGCGUAGCCUCAGCGUGGAUUUCAUGUCGCCGCGGAUCUGGACGGUACCGCUGACCUUUAACCGCCUCCAACACCUACAGCUGUCCUGCAUUGAACACGAGCCUGGGCUGUGCGUGCUUCCAUCACUUCCUAUGCUCGAGACUUUGACGUUGAACUUUUGCUGCUACUGCUUGGACUGUCCGAAGAACGGACGGGGCCCAUGUACUCUACUUCAGCUCCUUCAUCUCCCGCGGCUUCGCGCCUUGUCAAUCUUAGGAGCGCAGGCGGGGAACGUUAUCUGGUGCGGCCACGCCGCACAACUCCAGAAACUCGAGCUCGCCUUCUGCAGCGGCAUAGAUCUGAUCGGACUGCUCGGCAGCGCCGGGAACAACCUCGAGGAGCUGAUCUUAUCGGACUGUGAUUUCAUGGCGGAGGGGCCUACCGUCUCCUCGGUUACGCUUCCCGUUCUGCAGCGUGUGCAGAUAAAUGCGUCCAUAUCUGGGCUGGCCCAGCUUUGCUAUGCCGAAAUACCGUCGUCGGCUAUGAUUCAGAUGCGGAUAGGUCCCGAUGACUUUGAGGAGGUCGAGAACUGGCCUCUUGUUAGGUUACGUCUGGCCCUGAAUCCGGUAUCACUUAGUUUAACGGGCUCAGGAGCCCUUCCAUACCCGCUAGAGCCGAGUUCCCGCUUACGACAGAUCGCUUCACUUUCGCAUAUACGACUCGAAGGGCAGAAACGCUUGUAA